AUGAAAAUUUGGAACAUUCUAGUUACAAUAAUCUUUCUAGUAUACGACACAUAUUGGACAAACGGUGUCAUCUUAACAUACAACGAGAAAACAACAUUCACCCAUUACGAGAGCGUGGAGCUACAAAACUCCAAAGUAUUUUGGGUGAAAGGUCUAAAAGAUGGUAUUUUGGGAUUGUUUGAAACGAGUGAUUCCCCUGAACCGCUGUACGAGUUUCUAAUUGGUGGUGGAAACAAUAAGUAUACGGGUAUUAGAAAUGAGACCAAAGGUCACGUUCGGAGAUUAUCAAGAAAGGAAGAUAUACUAUUGGAUAACACCAGAUUUAAACCUUUCUGGUUGAGUUGGGAUGAGAAUUUCGUUCAGAUGGGAUCAGGACUCACGGUUGGUUCGGGUAUAAAACUAUCGUUACCUAGACAACACACCAUUCCACUCAAUUUUCUAGCUCUGAGACCGGAUUAUGGACUACCUAUAUCGUUUAUAUUGGAACUGGAAUGUUCCAAAAUUCCUAUAACAGAUUUACCAUAA